GGGCCCCUAACAGGCCAUGCCCCCCGCCCGGCUCCCCGCCCGCGCGCACCCGCGACAGGUGCUGCGGGCGCCGCCGCUCGCCUGCAAAUGCGAGCUACCUGGACAGGACUCAAAGAAACCCUCCUUACCCGGCCAGGAGCCGAAGACACCAUCGGGCAAAAAGGUGAAGUCUCCACGCCCUCCCCUGUCCUGGUCAUGGAAGCAGGACCGCGAGCAGACGCUGGCAGCAGCUUACGUGCCAGUGGUGUUAGACCCGAGGGGGCAGAACCUGGACAAGCUCAGAUUCAACUUCUACACCUCCCAGUACUCCAAUUCCCUGAACCCCUUCUACACCUUGCAGAAGCCUACCUGUGGCUACUUGUACCGAAGGGACACCGACCACACCCGCAAGUCCUUUGACGUGCCUCCUGCCAACCUGGCCUUGUGGCGCUCCUAGGCCCCCACCAGGCAGCAGCCCCCCCCUGCACCUUUCCCUCCGCAAUCCUGGGUCCCAGGCAGGGGGGAUGGGCUGCCUGUUCCAGGAGGAGUGGACUGAGCCUGGGCUAGGAAAGCGGUGCCAUGCCGAGUGUCAAGGAUGACAAAGGGAGGUCCCUGUUCUUGCAGCAAUUAAAGUUGGUCCUUCCUUUCCCCAGCAUCUGAAUGAGUGGCUGUGGGUGGGUAAACCGAGGCCAUAAGGUUGUUGUA